GGAUGAGUUGGAUUGAAGAGUAAAAGCAAGGUAGUCAACUUGUGCCCAGAAACACUUUCGGGACGGCCGGAGAAGAAGCUACACCUGGAAGCUGCUUUUCGAAAGAAUGCCAAGAGUCUGCAAUGCUGUCAUCAAAGCAGGAAGGGGCUGUUCUGAGAGCAUUUCAGAGGUUGAACAUUUCACUCUGAAAUAUUUGAAAUGUACCAGAUGUGCCCAGACUUGUGACUGGCACCAUAUCAACAACGGGAAAUGGUCGCUCCGUAUUCUGAUGCUGGUGUGUACGAGGUGCUUCUUAUCUGAUCUAUGCAUGCAGCAUUAAUCAGGAAGCAGGAAUAGGCAGGAGAAACAGGUACAAGUUUUCAGGAGGCUGCUGAGGAUUUUCUUGUGGGAAGAUUGUUACAGCGCCCAGGGAGAGGCUGGCCCACCCUGUCCUGCAGCUCUUCCGCACCCACCGUGUUGCACCGGUUCAUCUGACCCUCCACUGCGCAGAAGAACUUGGCCUGAGGAGCCAGCCAGGGCCAAUGAGUAUAAAGGGAUUAGAAAAUGGAUGCAGUCCGCUGCCGAAUGAGCGCUCCGGAUUCCAUCGUGGACGCCAGGCAGAGGUCAGAGUGCCCCCUACUGGCCAGGGUGAGCAUACAUGGAGUACAGCAAGAAGACGAAUCGAGCCGUAAGCCACUACGAGCUGGCAGUGUGAUCAGAUGUGAGGACUGUGGACAGGGCUUUUCUAACAUUCCUGGGCUGCUGCGGCACCAGCAGAGAGAGCACGCCGUACACAAACCGUACUGUUGCCCCACCUGUGGUCAGGCGUUCGCCUUGCUGUCCAGCCUGCGCCUGCACUGCCGUACCCAUACUGCUUCGACCUAUCAGACUGGUGUUUCCUGCUCUACCAGCCCACCCACAGCAGGGUUGCAGCAGCACGGGGCUCUCCCUCUGUCAGGACACCAACGCCAUCUGCCGGACAGAGAGCCUUACGCGUGCGCACCAUGUGGGAAGGCCUUCAGUCACAAGCCAGCUUUGUUGCAGCACCAGCAGGCUGGCUGCCACGUCCCAGGUAACGUGUCCUGCCCCCCAGUGCCCAGCCUCUCGACCCUGCCCACCACCCCGCAGGCCCCCCUGGUCACACCAGCGGCAUUACCUGAUGUCAGUCAUGCCCCACUUGCCACACAAAGCUCCAUGCUCAGCAGCUCAUGUGCUCCGCCCCUCGUGAUACCUGUUACAUCACAAGCCCCACCCAUAAGUCCACAGGCACCUGAGCAUUCCACCCGGUCACCCCCCAUCGCAUCAACUCCACCUACCCCUGCCAGGCUGUACUUCUGUUCCCUGUGUUGCCGUGAGUUCAGAUCACAGGUGGGCUUAGCAAGCCAUCAGCGACUCAGCCACCCGGCGGAAUGGAAGCAGGCCCUGACCACGUACUGGGGGCAGGGGGGUAAGAAGUUCCCCUGCCCCUCAUGUGACAAGGUCUUCUGCCAUUCCCCGUCGCUGUCCCAGCACAAGCUCCGGUGUCAUGGGCAGAGGGCAAGACAGAUGACGAGGAUAAAGGGGAAGGAGGAAACGGUGGGGGCCAGUCCACACCCCAAGGGCCGGGUGUUCCCCUGCCGCUCCUGCGACAUGGUCUUCUCCCAGACCUCCAGCCUUCAGCUGCACAGGAAGGAACAGCACCGCAGGCCGGUUCGGACCCGUGACCGAGGCAGGGCCUCCACAAGCCAUCCAAAACGCAGAAGGAGGAAGGGCGGCGUCUAUCCGUGCCUCUACUGCAGCAAGGUGUUCGGGCACCACCUGACACGUCGGGCUCAUGUGAGGGCCCUCCACCCCCAGCCUCACUUUCACCUAGAGAGGCGGAGCCAUAAGCCUCAGAAGAGCCAAGAGGCGGCUGGGCAGGAGGUCCAGGGAAGGAUGUACCGCUGCCCACGGUGUGGCCAGGCUUACCACAACCAUAGCAACCUCAUUAGGCACCGCUGCGAGUAUGUCAAAGUCCUUCAGAGGGCUGCAAGGAGGCAAGAGGCUGGCUGUAGGAAAGGCGAGCAUAGCAAAAGGCCAGAGGGCAACGUGGAGGGCAGCGGGCCAGACAAGGAGGACAACAAGGUAUUCCCCUGUCCUUCUUGCGAGGAGGUCUUCAGCCAGUUGUCCUUCCUGAGAGAGCACGAAUUGAUGCACCAACCUGUGGAGGAGACCAAAGCCUGCAGCGUGUGUCGGUGUGACGUGGGCGCCCCCUGGAGUGGGAAGUCGCAUGGUGCGGGGGCAAGGGUGUACCACUGCGAGCCAUGCCAGCGAACGUUCAGGACGCUGCAAGUAUUCCUGGAGCACUGCCAGAUUCACCUAGGCCCGCAGAAUGGGGUCAAUGGUGUGGAAUGAUGAGGGCGUCAUCUAGCAAAGUGUCCCAAAAGGCUCCAAAAUGGAGAUUGUAUGGCCUGAGACAGAGGACACUCCUCUGCUUGGUUAAGUUUCAUGCCUUUUUUUUCCCCCUAGUCAUGUCAGGUAAUGGGCAAAGAUAUUUCUCAAGGCUGCUAGCGAGUAAGGCUUGCGUUGUGAACAUACAGCACUGGCAGUUGCUAUAAUUGCACUGUAAAAUCCUCAGUGGACUUGUUGCUCUCUGGAACUCCAAUACUGUGAAUUUGCUCCAAAAUCUGUGAAUGUGUAUUGAGAUAAACAGCUUUGUCCUGGAAACCUUAGCUUCUUGUCCUUGUGAUUUAAAGAAGCAUGUUAAUUUUUAAUUAAAAGGAUUUUCAGCUCUGAGACACUGGUGAGUCUGUGUGGCCUUGAAGAGAAUAUUAAGAGAUUUAUAUUUUUGGUAGCCUUUUCUAACGAUUUCUUGUAAGCAAUCUGAGAUUUCUGUGUAUUCUUGCAAUAAAGCUUUAGACUCUU